AUGAUGAUUAUUUUUUUUAUUAAAAAAAUACUUAUCAAGCCGCAGAAACCUAUACCUGAAAAAAAAUUAAUUCCCAACAUAUCCAUAUAGUAUUUAUAAAAUGGAAGCAUGAGCCUAACUAAAAUGGUACAGAUGUUAGAUAGUGCAAAGGUUAAUUAUGCAAAUUACUUAGGCAAAAUAUAAUUUUAAGCCACCAUAAUAGAAGCGAAGGUAACUUUGAUACCAAAUCUAAUAAUAUUUAUGGCUAUUAAUUAGACUAACUGCGAAUUAUCCAACAUAACAAAUGCUUAAAAUGACGAAACAAUAAUCACAUUAUAAUAAAGCAAUUUGAUGCAAUUAUAUUUUUGCAUUAAAUAUAUGGUAAAUAUACUCCCUAUAAGCUCUAAUAUAGUUGAAUUAAUCAGAUUGUUUUUCACAUUUCCUCCAACAGUAUUGUAGGCAAUAAAUGAAGCAUUCAAACCAACCAUUUACACAACAAAUACAACCACAUAAAUACACAUAUUUUGUUUUCAUGACUUAGGCUACUUAAUUUGA